GCUUUGUAUUAAUUUGUGGCACUGCGCCAACACUUCUCUAUGGUGCCAAUUACCAACAUUAUAAAUUUAGGCUAGAUAGGUAGUACAAGUUAGUUGUAAUCGAUUUUUCUUCCUUCCAUUUACUGACAUAUAAACAAUAAUCUAACCUCUGCAUUUUAACUUGCAACGUGAAAAAGUUACAUUUAAUAAUAAAAAAUUAAAGGUUUAGUUAAUAUGGAUGGAAUAUCCACAUAUAAUAAUUUUUUAAGCGUACAUUUACCUCAAUUAAUGCUAUCCAAUGUCCCUGAACAUUUUUGGCCAACUUUGUGUAAAAAGAUUAAUGAUCAUAUCUUUGAUUCUGGUUUGACUUUCCAAUUGUUAGAAAUAGAUUAUGAAGAUUCUGAGAUAAUGCCUUACGACCCUUUAUGGAGUGUUGUGCCUAUACGGGAUAUUAAACGUUCAGACCCGAAUCAUAUAUAUUUAAUAGACCAUGCUUGGACUUUCAAAGCAAACAGCAUUAAAAGAAAUCUCAAGAAUAUACCAGGUCUUUUAGACAGGAUGUGCUUUCUAAUGAAAGUGACUGGUGAGAGUACUGAAGAAAAAAUCGAGAAGAUAUCUCAUAGACUUUGGAGGUAUGCCCAUACUUAUGCUGUUGGAGGCACUGAAUUUUCUCCUGAGGAAAGAGUGCCGGUGUGGUAUGUAUUAGAUGAAUUGGGUUCAGGGAUAACUCAUUCUGAUAACCCAAAUUUUAGAGCUGUGCCUUUUAUACAUGUGCCUACACAAUUAACAUAUACAUUACUCUUUCCCAUUGAAGAUGUGGAGGAAGGUGAUAUAAUCACAAGAAAUUAUGUUGAGGGAAACUAUCCUGAUCCCCUCCAAAGGGAAGCAAUGUUAAUACCUUGGAAAUAUUAUGAACAUUUUGAUAUAGAGUUUACUCAGCAAGAACCUGACUCAAAUUAUUUCUUAGAAGGUCACAUAACUGAAGAUCUACCUGAUUUGGAAUUGCUGAUCAAUAGAACAAAUAUUUCCAAUAAACUAAAGGUGUUCUCUCAGUACAGAUUUAUAAAUGAGCAUUUAACUUCACCAGAUUUUGAAAUAGUUCAUAAUGAAAAUGAAGCUGACAUUAUAUGGUAUACAGAGCAUUAUAAAGCUUUCAAAGAUCUUAGUGUAAAAUCUCCAAAUAAGUACAUAAAUCAAUUUCCUUUUGAAUAUGUCAUUACUAUAAAAGACUUAUUAGCAAUUGUGGCUAGAAGGUGUGCUAACACAAAUGUGAAUUCUUGUGAUUUACUUGUAACACAUCCUGCUUGGCUACCAACAACAUUCAACUUAAAGACUGAACUUCCUAAAUUUGUAGCAUAUUAUACACAAAGAAAAAGGGCCGGUUUGGAUAAUCAUUGGAUCUGUAAGCCUUAUAAUCUUGCUCGAGGUUUAGAUACUUAUAUCACAGAUGAUUUACAAUUUAUGUGUCGUUUGCCUCUAAGUGGACCUAAAAUUGCUCAAAAAUAUAUAGAGGACCCUGUACUUUUUGAUAGACCAGAUAUUGGUAUGGUGAAGUUUGAUAUUCGAUAUGUAAUAUUAUUGAAGUCUGUCAAUCCUACUGAAGUUUAUAUUUAUAAUAACUUCUUCCUUAGAUUUUCCAAUAAACCCUUUGCAUUAAAUAAUCUAGAAGAUUAUGAACAACAUUUCACUGUGAUGAAUUAUACAGAAGGAACACCAUUGCAUAGGAUGCUUUGUGCAGAAUUUAAGGAGGUAUGGGCCAGGCAGUAUGCAAAUUAUAACUGGUCUGGUGUUGAAAAAUCUAUUACUGAAAUGUUUUCAGAUUUAUUUAUAGCAGCCACUACUAAGGAGCCUCCUUGUGGUAUUGCUAAGAGUCCCCAAUCUAGAGCCUUGUAUGCAGCAGAUUUAAUGCUGAGUUGGCAGAAAAAAGGUGCUGAGACUGUUAUACAACCAAAAUUGCUAGAAAUUAAUUGGAUGCCUGAUUGUCAUCGUGCUUGUGAAUAUUAUCCUAAUUUUUAUAAUGAUAUUUUUUCUGUGAUGUUUUUAGAUAAAAAUAUUGAAUCAUGCACAAAGAUUCUAUAAUAUGAAAAUGCAGCAGUCAUUUAUAUGCUUUAAUAUUUUAAUGUCACAAAUAACCUGUUUGAGAUUGUUAAUGUAUAUUGUAUAAUGUAUUAAAUGAUGCAAGGGAAAUGUUCAUUUUAAAUUUCCAAGACAUUUUAAAUUAUUAUAUUAAUUUAUGGUACAUGUAAUAGCUUUAUAUUAUCACUUUACAAAUUGCUUGAUUUUAUAAAUACACAUAUAUUGAGAAUAUUA